AUGGAUCCCGAUGAAAUGCCUGCUGUGCCCUUUUGCCCCUCCAACUCCACCACUGGGCGUGAGGCUGCAGCCCCAUGCGGGACUGACCUUGGCCCCAGAAGAGCUAUAAGACACUGUGCCCACUGCCACAACCACGGUAUCACUGACCAAGUCAAGGAUGAGGAGCACUCUUGCCUCUUUGAGGCCUGCGAGUGUCACAAGGAUGCCCUCUUCUCGGAGAAUCCCACGGUCUUGCCUGCCGAGAGUGCCUUGAGGAGGGAGCAAGGGCGCCUAAACAAGCACCUGCCUCAAGGGCUGAUAAGGAGUGGGGCCAUCUCUCCCAAGGCUCACAGCCCUGUGAAGAAAUUGGCCAUUCAAGGAGGAGCCUUCAGAAAGCUCCCAGGGUACUCUGCUGACAGACCAUAUCCCAGAAUCUUUGUCUCCAUCCUGGACUCCAGCAGCCUCGAAGAUGCAACUGACAAUUUCUCUUUCCAGGGCUUCCCUGAGGCCUCCUGCACUGCCCAGCGGGCUCCCAAAGCUUGUGACCAGGCCUCAGUUUCUGCCUCAGAGUGGCAGCAGAAGCUGGAGGCGGCUGAGGCUCUGCUGAGUCUGAACUCUCCCCAAGCCCCUUCUGGCUCCACUUUGCUGUUCCAUCCCUGCAUCGCACCGGGUAGCCUGGUCCUGGAAAGAGAACACAGGGUGGGGAUAGUUGGGAAAUGGGAGGGCGUUGUGCUCCUCCUGCUGAAAAUAGAGGACUCCAGCGUCCUAGCCACUCUAUCCGGCCCAAUCUGCUGGAGAGUGGUAGCACGUGCCGGGGGCGGCAGCACCGGAAGGGACCGGGAGCAGAUCGCGUGCACCAACGGCGCCAGAGGAGACCAGGAGAGGCUUCUGCGAGCCCGCAGUGGCGGCAACCGAACAGCCCGGGUACGGCAUGCGCGUACCAGCGGCAGUGGAGCCAGAGGUGCCCAGUAG